AUGGCUAGGGGACCUCACCCUGUAGUACAAAGGCGGCUUCCGGUGUCCGACAACGCCGGACAAAAUGAAAUGGCAGACUCCAAAACAGAAUUACCCCAGGAGGGUACCGCUGGCUACGCCAGCGGAGAAUCCCUCCCAGAGGUCAACCUGACCUCUGGCCGGCCCUCGUAUUCUGGGGGGGCCAAAGGAUGCCACACGACCACUGCACGCAAAACGGAACUGACCUUAGCAAGCGAAUCGGAUUUGUCGAUCAGGAAAGGAAGGAAAGAGUGGACAAAGAGAGGAGGAGAAAAGACAGGGAAAGACCAAGCAGAGGAAGAUGAGUCGAGCGACGCCGAACAUCAAUCGGUGUCCGAGAUUUCCAGGAUGUCUGGGAUAUCCGGACUAUCUUCCUCAGACUCGGAUAGCACCGUCGAAGGAAUAAAGGACGCAGAGGAAGGGAAGAAGACCGCCUCUACGACGCCGAGGAUUGUCCUCCGAUUUGCGGCCAAAAUGCCGAAAAAGAGGGCACUCAAAGGUGACGAAGCGGCGACCCCGGUCGCCGUGAAAGUGUCCACGGCGGCAAGAGGCCGUCCUAGAAGACCAGGGGCCCACACCACCUAUCUACAGGAGGCAAGAGCACAGAUGGCGGAGGAGAGGGAGAGUGGAGCAGGCGGCUCGAACCCCCCCCCCUACCGUCCUCCUUGCCUCCCGCCCAGGGACCCAUCGGAGCCGAGGUGCUCCCAGCCGGCGGCGGCAACUAUUGAGGCCCUUGCCGCUAAAGCCCUCCUGAAUGUGGCCGCCAUUCAGGGGGAGGUGAAGAAAAGCGGUAAUAUUAAGGGCACCGUAUUGGGCCAGAUAAACCGGGCCACAAAGGGGGUGAUUGAGGCGGUGGAGGAGCUCCGCUCAAUCACCCCCCAAGAGGAACAACGCAGACUCCGCGCGGAGAACGCCAGACUGGCGAGAGAAGUCGAACUCAUCCGCGCGGAGUUAAAAGCGUUUAAGGAAGCAUACUCGGAGUCGCAGAAGAAAGCGGCCGCGACUCCGAGGGAGACUCCUCUGGCCCGGGAGGAGAGCGUGGAAACCGUGCUCAGGGGCGCCCUCGAGGAAAUGAGGCGCGACCUUCUAGAGUCCGUAGGCGGGAUGGUCAAUGCCCGCCUAGGAGACCUAGAAACGCGUCUCCCCCCUGAGCCGGUGGUCAGACCGCCUCUCCAGGCGGACAGGCACCACCCGCCGCCGCCGCGCCCUGUGGCCCGGCCCAAUUUAGUGGCAAGUGCCACCAAAACCGUGGAGGUUCGACCGGCCCAGGCCCCUGUGGCCAAAGCCGGUCCAGCACCGAAACCGAAGCGGAAAAUCAGCAAGACCGGACCGGCCGCCCCUCCCCCCCCUCCAUCUGCCGGCGGAGGAGGAAGCACAGGGAAGGCCACAAAGGCGAAAACCGGAGCCACUGAACCCGCCCCCCAAACAUCCGGGGGCGAAGAGGUCCAGUGGUCAAAAGUGGUCGGCCGAAAGGCCGCCAAAAAGAAGAAGGCUCCGGCUAGGGCCCCGCCCGCUGCACAGGUUCAUCCUGUAAGAACGCAGCGGGCUGCCCCCCCCCCCAAAGCGGUAAAGAUCGUGGCCCCCAAGACGGCGGCCAUCACCGUCACCCUCAAACCGGGGGCCACGAUCACCAACGCCGAAGGACAGGUCUCUGAGGCCAAAUAUACCGACGUCUUGGCCAAGGCCAAGGCGGAAAUCUGCCUCAGAGACCUCGGCUUGGAGACGGUCAAAGUACGGACAAGUAUGACCGGCUCCAAGCUGAUGGAGGUGGGGGGGAACACCCCAGAGGAGACGGCCGAUCGCCUGGCUGCUGAAUUGACAAGGGUCAUCGGCAGCUGGGCGGACAUCGCGCGCCCGUCCAAGCUCGCGGACCUCCGGGUCUCGGGCUUGGACGAGACGGUAACGCGCGAGGAGGUGGCAGCCAGACUGGCAACAGCUGGAGGCUGCCACCCCGAUGCCGUCAGAGUGGGCCUCAUCAGGUCCAGCUUCUGGGGUGGGGGCUCUGCCCUUGUGAGGUGUCCGGCGGCGGCGGCGAAAGCCGUCGCUCAAAUAGGGAAGGUGGCCAUAGGGUGGAGCAUGGCCACCAUCACUGCGGUGAGGGCCCGGCCGCUGCGGUGUUUUAAAUGCAUGCAGCUGGGCCACACCCGGGCCCUAUGCCCGUCGGAAGCGGAGGAUGGUCGCCUCUGCUUCCGAUGUGGCCAAGAGGGCCACAAGAGGGCCGCGUGCGAGGCGCCUGUCAAUUGCGCCGUGUGCAAAAGGACAGGCUGCCCGCACGCCCACGUCAUGGGGGGGGCUAAAUGCACCCCCCCCACCAUGAGGGGGAAGGCCCGCUCCACCGGCCCUCCCCCUGCGCCAAGAACGCAGCCGCCGUCCGGGCCCCAACAACAGCCCGAAGAGGAACGUAUGCAGGUGUCAUAA